AUGAUCGGUGUAAUCGUUGCGUGCAUUUUAAUAUUAACUCUGUUUGUAUAUUUUUACAAAAAUGCAUAUAAAAGACCAAAUAACUUCCCUCCAGGACCCCCAAGUUUGCCAAUUUACGGCGCCUACUGGAUAAUUCUAGCUACCGAAUUCAACAAUUUAAGCACUGCCUUUCGUAAGAUUGGUUACAAAUAUAAGACUAAACUAGUUGGUUUAUAUUUGGGCUCUUUUCCUACGAUAGUAUUGAAUGACUCCGAUUUGAUAAAAGAGAUGCUGAAUCGUGAGGAAUUCGAUGGUCGCAUGGACAUUAUAGUGGGCAGAUUGCGAGCAUAUUGGAAGAAAUUGGGUAUUUUCUUCACCGACAGCUACUUUUGGUACAUUCAGAGGCGCUAUUCACUGCGGCAUUUCAGGGACUUUGGGUUCGGCAGGCGAGAUCAAACCUUGGAGGCAGUACUUGAAAGUGAAGUUAAAGCGAUGAUAGACAUGCGGAUUAAUGGACCGAUGUACCCGGCCGAGAAUGAGUUGGUUCAAGGCGAGCUUAUAUAUCUACCCCACUAUUUUGCCGUGCCAUUCAUAAAUGGGAUGUUGCACGUGAUUAGCCGAAUGACAUUACCGAGAUCCGACUACCACAUCCUUUGGGAGGUGGCUCGUAAGAGUCUAGGUUUCCAACGGAGCUCUGACGACGUAGGUAGAGCACUUACACUCACACCGUGGCUGAAAAAUAUUAUCCCCAAGUGGAGUGGAUACCAUGGGUUAAAAACUAACAAUCAGUACUUGGUCGAGUUCUUCUCAAACAUUAUCAACAAAGAGUUGGAAAGUUACGACGAAUCAUAUCAGCGCCAUUUUCUUGAUAUUUACAUUAAAAAGAUGAAAGAGGAAUUUGGUCAGAAUAUGCGAUCUACAUAUUCUGUGGACCAGCUGAUACUGAUCUGCAUCGAUUACAUGUUCCCUGCGGCGUCAGCGGUAGAGACUGUCCUGACAUUGCUGGUAGAACGUCUCCUGUUGCAACCAGAAAUACAGGACAAGAUACACGAGGAGAUAGACCGUGUUGUUGGUAAUGGUCGUCUGCCCAACCUUGACGAUCGAAAAAACAUGCCGUACACAGAAGCCUGUUUACGGGAGAUGAUGCGGUACGAAUCCAUUGUGCCGCUGGGAGUACCUCACCGAGCUAUCGUCGAUACCACCAUUGGGGGUUACCAUGUCCCAGAGAAUACCAUGGUUGCUGCCAACUUUACAAUGCUGCAUAUGGACAAGAAGAUAUGGGGAGACCCCGAGAACUUUCGCCCUGAGAGAUUCAUCGUUGAUGAUCAUUUAAGUGUUGCCAGUGACAGGUCUUUACCAUUCGGCGCAGGACGACGGCUGUGCGCUGGCGAGACGUACGCGCGUCAGGCGAUGUUCCAGGUGUUCGCCGCAUUCAUGCAGGCGUUCAGAGUGUCGACCGCGGGGGGCCGCCCGCUACAAGUCCCCGCGCAACGCCUGCAGGGCAUCAUCACCACUAUACCUGAGUACUGGGUUCGAGUCACGCCUAGAGUUAUAUAGUAAGAAUAUUAGAAAUAUUUAAUAAGGUUCCAAUUGAACCAGUAAACGGUAUAUUUACUUAGUAACGAAGAUAGAAUAUCUUGUAUACGAUUAAUGAAAUCGAAUUAAACAAUCCGUAAGUAUAUUUACUGUCUUUAAUAUACAUUAUAUUACUUAAGUGUAUAGUAUUUUAUGCAUAUAUGAUUAACAAUGAAUGUAUUUGAUAAUUUUGUACAAAAAAGUAUUUACGUAAAAUUAUUAGUUAUUUAGUGCCUAUAACACAAGCUAUGCUUAGCUUGGGACUAGAUGGCGCUGUGCGAAUAAUUUAUAUCAAAAUAUUAUUCUUAUUUGUAUCAAUGUUAA